AUGGAUAACUUGGUAGAUAAUACUCAGGCUGCAUUUGUACCUGGGAGAGCUAUCACAGACAAUAUUAUUCUGAGUCAUAAGCUGGUUAAAGAAUAUGGGAGGAAAGGUGUAUCCCCAAGAUUCCAAAUAAAACCUUUUGAAGCAAGAAGAGGAUUGAGGCAAGGAGAUCCACUGUCCCCCUAUCUGUUUGUGCUUGCCAUGGAAUACCUGACAAGGAGGCUGAAAAUGCUCAACUACAAUCCAGAUUUUAAUUACCACCCCAAGUGUGCAAAGAUGCAAAUCUUGCAACUUGGAUUUGCUGAUGACCUUUUACUGUUUUGCAGGGGAGAUUUGAAGUCAGUCCAACUACUAUAUAAUGGCUUUCAAGAGUUCUCACAAGCAUCUGGACUGAAGAUUAACAAAAACAAAAGUUCCUUAUUCUGUGGAGGGAUUACACAAGAAGACCAAGAGAAGAUAAUAAGCUUCCUGGGAAUACAAAAGGGAGAAUUACCUGUGAGAUAUUUAGGAGUCCCAUUGAGCACCAGGAGAAUCAGUAUAGCACAAUGCCAUCCUUUGGUAGAGAAGAUAGUAGGCAGAAUAACAUUCUGGACAACAAGAGAAAAGAACAAAUUGUGGAUCCAAUGGAUUCACAAUUACUACAUCAAAGGCAAGGAAGUAUGGGGUAUCCAGGUGAAGCAAGCAUCAUGGAUGAUUGGGAAGAUACUCAAAGCUCAGGAGACACUCGUGAAAGCUGGCUUUAAUCAUGAGGAAAUAAGGAGAACUAAGAAAUGCAACAUCAAAACUAUAUAUCACAGGUUGCGUGGAACAUUUGACAAG